GUAGGGGCUGCGGGCGCGGAAGGCGAAAUCCGAGGAGGGGACGUAACAGGGAUAGCGCGGAGAAGCAUGGUUGAAUUCACGGCAGGGGACGGGGACAAACCCCAGCCCCAGGCCUUGCGUCGCCGGUGGUGGUCCAUCGUGCUGCUCUGCUUCUACGGCUUCGUGGUUCAGCUGAAGCCGGGCGAGCCCUUCAUCACGCCCUUCCUCCUGAGUUCCGAGAAGAACUUCACCCGGGAGCAGGUGACCAACGAGAUCAACCCGGUGCUCUCCUACUCCUACAUGGCCGUGCUGGUGCCGGUCUUCCUGCUGACGGACUACCUGCGCUACAAGCCCGUGCUGGUUCUUCAGAGCCUCAGCCACGUGUCCAUCUGGCUGCUGGUCCUCCUGGGCACCACGUUACUCCAGAUGCAGUUCAUGGAGUUCUUCUACGGGGUGACCAUGGCGACGCGCGUGGCCUACUCCUCCUACAUCUUCUCCCUGGUGUCACCGACGCUGUAUCAGCGCGUGGCCGGCUACUCGCGCGCCGCGGUGCUGCUCGGCGUCUUCACCAGCUCGGUGCUCGGCCAGCUGUGCGUGUCGCUGGCGGGCGUGUCCUUCGGCACGCUCAGCGCCAUCUCGCUGGGCUUCGUCAGCUUCGGCUUGCUGCUGGCCUCCUCGCUUCCCUGGCCGCGGCGCAGCAUGUACUUCAACAAGGAGGUGUCGGGUGCCCGGCCGGAAGCGUCCCCCGCGAAGGCCUCCUGCUCGAGCCGGGUGGCCCGGCAGGGAGCGCUCUCCCGCUUGAGAAACUCCGUGCUCUUCCAGAUGCUGAAGGAGUUGGAGAAUGUGGUGAAGGUGCCCCAGCUGAGGCUCUGGAGCCUGUGGUGGAUCUUCAACUCCACUGGGUACUACCUGGUUAUUUUCUACGCGCACAUCCUGUGGAACAAGGUGUAUCCCGCCACUGAGAACAAGCACGUCUACAACGGCGGGGUUGAGGCAGCCUCCACUCUUCUGGGUGCCGUUACUUCCUUUGUCGCCGGCUUUGUGAAGAUCCGGUGGAACCUGUGGUCCGAGCUGGUCAUUGGCGCCGUGACGGCGCUGCAGGCUGGCCUGCUGCUUCUCAUGAGCACCACCAGCAGCAUCUGGGCGUGCUAUGUGGCCUACACCUUCUUCAGAGGCUUCUACCAGUUCCUGGUCCCCAUCGCCAUUUUCCAGAUCGCCUCGUCCCUCUCUAAAGAGCUGUGCGCCUUGGUGUUCGGCAUCAACACCUUCCUGGGAACCAUCCUCAAGACCGUCAUCACCAUCGUUGUGGCAGACAAGCGGGGGUUGGCACUGCCGGUGCAUUCCCAGUUCAUGGUUUAUUUCUUCUACUUCACCCUGCUGACUGUUGUGUACCUGGGCUGCGCGGCCUGGGUGAUCGCAAGAUAUUACCGCAGCCGGAGAGAGGGAGGAGCACCCGCUGAGGCCGCUCCCACUGAACUGACACCCAUGGAUGAUACUGCUGCCGCUGAGGAAGACCAGCUUUCCAACGGGAUGAAGGCCUGAGUGCCACACGGCUGGGUAUCCUGUUGAGGAAGUGGCAUUAGCACCUUAGUUUGAUGGUUAAGGUGUGGACUUCAGUUUGGCUGUAAACUUUGAUAAGUGCCUCUUUCUCUGACACGUUGAAGCUGGAAAUUAAUUUUUAAUGAAUUAGUACUAUAGUCAAAAACAAAUCGGUGAAAGUCAUGUUGGAAUGAUGCUUUGGUAUGUAUUCACUUAUAGUUUUUACUCUGCAAUGUUUUUAAAAAGUUCAAAAUGGAAGCUAUUGUGAAACGCACGAGGUGGAACACUGUCAAAAAUAUGUGCCUUUGACUGGUGGGGACCAGAAUCAGUGGUGCUUCUACAACGAAUUCUUUCUCACGCUUAGCUCUUCUGUGUCAAUUUCAUGUUUUCAUGUGGAAUCAUUAGAUGCUUGUGUAAACGGACUCUUCAGUACAUCUACUUAGCAGUCGCCCCGUGGCCUGCUAGGUGCACAAAUCCACUUUAAACACAUUUAUUGCUUAUUGAUGCUGAGGUCACCGAGGUCAUUGUGAGAAGUUGCAGUGAUUUUUUUUUUUUUUUUUUUGUUUUGAAGAAUGUGCCAAAGGUUGGGGUUGGACCCACCUGGCCUGAGUUUGUGAUUCUUGCUUUCCUGAGGGAGAGGGAGAGAGGGAGGCGUCGUGCGCUGGAAGGACUCUCUGCACUCGCUUUAUGCUCAUAUAUCAGUGUUCCUGCACAGGGCUUCUCCUUACCAGUGUUCUGCCCUGGAACAAAUCUGUCUGCCACUCAGUGAUUUAUCAAAGUGGGUAUUUUACCACUUGGUUUAAAAUUUAAAGCUUUUUCACCUUUUUUUUUUUUUUUCUCCUCUCCCCAUUUCUUGUGGAGAACACUGAGAUUUUAAAAAAUGUUGACUGUUACCACAUGGCUCAUGCUGUAAUAGGAUAUAAAUAUAACAAGUUUGAACGUGUGCAGCUUUUACACAUAUUUUAUAGGAAACACUUUUAUAAUGUACAGGGUAGCCUUUUCACAUCAGGACAGUUUAACAUUUCUAUACUUUUGUAAUAAGCUACAUUUUCAUUGUGGCUAUGAAGAGAAUAGCAUUUCUUAAAUUGUUUUGCAUUUAAAUGGUACAAUUUGUAUUUGACUCAAGGUAAAGAUUUGAUAUGCUGCUUUUCUAUGCAUUUCAGUGUAGAUGGAGGAUUUUCUUUUUGGUUCAUUAUGGUCUUGGACAUUUUAUAAAUCGGAUGUAUUGUCAGAAUUGCACU